UGUUUAUUUCCUCAAAGAACCAGCUUUUAGAUUUAUUGAUCUUUGCUAUUGUUUUAUUGUUUCUAUUUCAUUUAUUUCUGCUCUGAUCUUUAUGAUUUCUUUCCUUCUGCUAACUUUGGGUUUUGUUUGUUCUUCUUUCUCUAGUUCCUUUAGGUGUAAGGUUAGAUUGUUUAUUUGAGAUUUUUCUUGUUUUUGAGGUAGGCUUGUAUAGCUAUAAACUUCCCUCUUAGAACUGCUUUAGUUGCAUCCCAUGGGUUUUGGAUCAUCGUGUUUUCACUGUCAAUUGUCUCUAGGUAUUUUUUGAUUUCCUCUUUGAUUUCUUCAGUGAUCUCUUGGUUAUUUAGUAACGUAGUGUUUAGCCUCCAUGUGUUUGUGUUUUUUAUGUUUUUUUCCUUGUAAUUGAUUUCUAAUCUCAUAGCAUUGUCAUCAGAAAAGAUGCUUGAUAUGAUUUCAGUUUUCUUAAAUUUACUGAGGCUUGAUUUGUGACCCAAGAUGUGAUCUAUCCUGGAGAAUGUUCUGUGCGCACUUAAGAAGAAAGUGUAAUCUGCUGUUUUGGAUGGAAUGUCCUAUAAAUAUCAAUUAAAUCUAUCUGGUCUAUUAUGUCAUUUAAAGCUUGUGUUUCCUUGUUAAUUUUCUCUCUGGAUGAUCUGUCCAUUGGUGUAAGUGAGGUGUUAAAAUCCCCCAGUAUUAUCGUGUUACUAUCGAUUUCCCCGUUUAUAGCUGUUAGCAGUUGCCUUAUGUAUUGAGGUGCUCCUAUAUUGUGUGCAUAUAUAUUUAGAAUUGUUAUAUGUUCUUCUUGGAUUGAUCCCUUGAUCAUUAUGUAGUGUCCUUCCUUGUCUCUUUUAACAUUCUUUAUUUUAAAGUCUAUUUUAUCUGCUAUGAGUAUUGCUACUCCAGCUUUCUCUUGAUAUCCAUUUGCAUGGGAUAUCUUUUUCCAUCCCUUUACUUUCAGUCUGCAUGUGUCCCUAGGUCUGAAGUGGGUCUCUUGUAGACAGCAUAUAUAUGGGUCUUGUUUUUGUAUCCAUUCAGCAAGCCUGUGUCUUUUGGUUGGAGCAUUUAACCCAUUCACGUUUAAGGUAAUUAUCAAUAUGUAUGUUCCUAUUACAAUUUUCUUAAUUGUUUUGGGUUUGUUUUUGUAGAUCCUUUUCUUCUCUUGUGUUUCCCACUUAGAGAAGUUAGCAUUUGUUGUAGAGCUGGUUUGGUGAUGCUGAUUCUCUUAGCUUGUGCUUGUCUGUAAAACUUUUGAUUUCUCCAUCGAAUCUGAAUGAGAUCCUUGCUGGGUAGAGUAAUCUUGGUUGUAGGUUCUUCCCUUUCAUUACUUUAAGUAUAUCAUGCCAUUCCCUUCUGGGUUGUAGAGUUUCUGCUGAGAAAUCAGCUGUUAACCUUAUGGGAGUUCCCUUGUAUGUUAUUUGUCAUUUUUCCCUUGCUGCUUUCAGUAAUUUUUCUUUGUCUUUAAUUUUUGCCAAUUUGAUUACUAUGUGUCUCGGCGUGUUUCUUCUUGGGUUUAUCCUGUAUGGGACUCGCUGCGUUUCCUGGACUUGGGUGGCUAUUUCCUUUCCCGUGUUAGGGAAGUUUUCGAGUAUAAUCUCUUCAUAUAUUUUCUCUGGUCCUUUCUCUCUCUCUCCUCCUUCUGGGACUGCUGUAAUGCAAAUGUUGUUGCGUUUAAUGUUGUCCCAGAGGUCUCUUAGGUUGUCUUCAUUUCUUUUCAUUCUUUUUUCUUUAUUCUGUUCUGCAGCAGUGAAUUCCACUAUUCUGUCUUCCAGGUGUCUUAUCCAUUCUUCUGCCUCAGUUAUUCUGCUAUUGAUUCCUUCUGUUUGUUUGUUCUUUAAUUCUUCUAGGUCUUUGUUAAACAUUUGUUGCAUCUUGUCAAUCUUUGACUCCAUUCUUUUUCCGAGGUCCUGGAUCAUCUUCACUAUCAUUAUUCUGAAUUAUUUUUCUGGAAGGUUGCCUAUCUCCAUUUCAUUUAGUUGUUUUUCUGGGGUUUUAUCUUGUUCCUUCAUCUGGUACGUAGCCCUCUGCCUUUUCAUCUUGUCUGUCUUUCUGUGAAUGUGGUUUUUGUUCCACAGGCUGAAGGAUUGUAGUUCUUCUUGCUUCUGCUGUCUGCCCUCUGGUGGAUUAGGCUAUCUAAGAAGCUUGUGCAAGUUUCCUGAUGGGAGGAGCUGGUGGUGGGUAGAGCUGGCUGUUGCUCUGGUGGGCAGAGCUCAGUAAAACUUUAAUCCUCUUGUCUGCUGAUGGGUGGGGCUGGGUUCCCUCCCUGUUGGUUGUUUUGCCUGAGGCGACCCAAUGCUGGAGCCUACUCGGGCUCUUUGUUGGGGCUAAUGGUGGACCCUGGGAGGCCAUGCCAAGGAAUACUUCCCAGAACUUCUGCUGCCAGUGUCUUUGUCCUUACGGUGAGACAAAGCCACCCCUUGCCUCUACAGCUGACCCUCCAACACUAUCAGGUUCUGGGACUGCUGGUAUGGACACUGAUCGCUGGAACUGAGUACUUCCGGGUCCCUGCGUUUGGCUGGGUCAUGUUUGUAGCUGUGUUUUACUGGGUCCUCACUGUCUUCUUCCUCAUCAUCUACAUAACGAUGACCUACACCAGGAUUCCCCAGGGUCUGUGCUUUAAUGGCAGUGCCUUCGUCUUAUACCUCUCAGCCGCUAUUGUGGAUGCGUCUUCUGUCUCCCCGGAGAGGGACAGUCACAACUUCAACAGCUGGGCAGCCUCGUCGUUCUUCGCCUUCCUGGUCACCAUCUGCUAUGCUGGAAACACAUAUUUCAGUUUUAUAGCUUGGAGAUCCAGGACCAUACAGUGAUUCGCCAUUUUGAGAAUUAAAAGGGAAAAAAAAAAGGAAGAAUCUCACUGUAAAAACAGCUGUAGGUAUAAUGUAUAUUUCCAGAGAAUUGUAUUUAACUAAUGUUUUUAUAUACUUAGUUAAAUUUGCUCACAGUGGUUUGUUAUAAUUAAACUGGAUACUUAUUUGCAAAGUGCUGUAGCUUAUAAUGAAUCUUAAAUAUCUUGUUGAUGUCUUCAUAGACCUUAUUUUCUUAGGCAAUGUAUUAGAAAUAGAUAAAUUGCUAAUAUUAAGAAUGCAUCAAGUUUGUAAACCUAACUUUUAAAAAUGCCAGAUUCUUUUUUCAUUAAAUGUUUUGCAAUCC